AUGCUCGAUAAAUCGGAGGCUGAUGCCACUUAUGACGAUAAAUCUAGUACGCACGGGAAGAGCCAAGGCGUGUCCAACAAUGUGGACCCUAACGAGCGCGCCAAGAGUAAGGAUGUGUUCAACGAUGACGAUGGCCACGAUAUCCAGUACAAGACUCUCAGCUGGCAGUUUACGGCUCUAUUGAUGAUCUCGGAGAUUGUCAGUAAUGGGAUGUUAUCUCUUCCUAAUGCUAUGGCGGCAGUUGGAAUUGUUCCCGCGUUGAUAUUGACGAUAUUCUUGGGUAUAUUCGGAUUGUUUACCGCAAAGCUACUGAUCGACUUCAAGCUCAAUCAUCCGGGGGUUCACAGCAUGGGUGACGCUGGCUACAUCUUGUUCGGACCUGUUGGCAGAGAAAUUUUGUCCGCAGGCACCGUUGUCUUCGCGAUUUUUGCCGCCGGUUCAGAGCUGCUAUCGGGCCAGCAGGCCCUCUCCACGCUGUCCGACAAUGGCCUUUGCGCAGUCUUUCUUGUCAUUAUCUUCGCCGGCGCAACAUUUCUGGCCGCUCUUCCCCGUACGCUUGGACAGCUCGGCUGGCUUGGCUUUGGCAGCGCCGCAUUAAUAUUUCUAUGCGGGAUCUUGACUAUGAUUGGAGCGGGUCGCAACCCUGUCCCAGACCGUGUUGUUCAAGCAACCAUACCGACGACCUUCUUCGAGGCAUUCUUAGCUGUUACUGGACCAGUAAGCAGCUCAUGUCCUCUUCAAAGGUUCUUUAUUCUUAUCUCAGAGAUGCGUAGACCACAAGAUGCGAUGAAGGCAGCGUGGUGCCUCCAAGGAUUUGCGACGGUAUUUUACAGCGUGUUCAGUGUGGUUGUCUACGUGUACAUUGGGAGCACAGUGGCCUCGCCUGCUCUCUUCUCGCUACCUCCGAAAUGGGCAAAGGCUGCCUUCGGCAUUGGGCUGGGCAACUUCUUGAUAAGCGGAGCCCUCUAUGUACACACUGCCGCGAAGCUCGUCUUCAUCCGUCUCUUCCGUCACACGCGCCACGUCUAUUCUCACACCGCGCAAGGAUGGGCCGUGUGGCUUGUUCUCUGCCUCGUGGGCACCGCUGCUGCCUGCAUCCUAGCUAUCGCUGUCCCAAUCUUCAGUGAUCUCAUUGGCAUUACGGCAGCACUCUUCGCGGCGUGGUACACGUAUGGUCUUGCAGGGUUCUUCUGGCUGCAUGACGUCUAUCAUCUGAAAGGCGGUACGCAAGCUCUGAAGAGGAGGAAGUUUGGUACCACCCUGGCUGUUCUCACGAUCCUUGCCGGGGCAUUUAUUUGUGUCGCCGGAACGUACGUCUCAAUCAAGCUCAUCGUAGAUGCUUACAAGGCUGGGGCUGUUGGCAAGCCUUUUACGUGCUAG